ACAUCGGUAUGGCGUGUUGCGGGUCACGGAGUGUAUCCAAGAUGGCGGCGCCCAUGCUCAGCGCUUGGGUUGCUAAAGGAACUGGGAAAACGGCUGUAGGAACUAACGUGGGCCGGAGAAAACCAACGUGCUGAAGAUCCGACGUACAGACCGUUCUCAGCUCCUUGGAGGUGAAAUGCUCCCUGUGUGUGGUGGGGAUCCAGGCCCUGGCAGAAAUGGAUCGGUGGCGGGAAGUCCUCUCCUGGGUCCUUCAGUAUUACCAGGUCCCUGAAAAGCUUCCCGCCAAAGUCCUGGAACUGUGCAAAAUGCAAGAGCCUGGAGCCAUGCUGGAGGUGGCCAGCGCCUGGCUCCAAGACGCAGACAAUCAAGGCCUUCCGGAAUAUGGAGUCUUGGCUGAGCUCCACCUGCAGCGGGUGCUGCUGCCUCUGGGCCGCUUGUCAGAGGCAGAGGAGCUGGUGGUGGGCUCCGCAGCCUUUGGUGAGGAGCGGCGGCUAGAAGUGCUCCAGGCCGUUCACACCGUGAGGCAACAGCAGAACAGCACAGAACAAAGACAGGAGCGCUCGGGCUUCCAGGAGGUGCCAAAGAUAAACCAAGAAGGCUCCUUCUCCCACACGUUCCUGUCCCUGCUGAGGCUGCUUCGACGGCUUUGGGACGCUGCAGCGAGCCGCUUCCUUUCUCUGCCCUUCAAAAAGAGCCUUCUGGCGGCCUUGGUCCUCUGUGUGCUGGUGUUGAGGUUUGACCCAGCCUCUCCUCCUUCCCUGCCCUUCCUCUGCCAGCUGGCUCAGCUCCUGCGCCGGAUCCGGAGGGCCACGUGCGCUGGCCUCCACCAGCUCCCGCUCCGAGACUGAGCGGCCUCCGCCACCCCUGCGCCACGGAGCGGAAUCGCCGCUGGUGGCCGUGACCUAGAAGAGCCCACGCGCGAGUGAAGUGUCGCACCGCCUCCCUGCCGCGCCCCCGGGGCUGGCUCGGGGAGACCCUGCAAAGAGUGGGGCCAACGGGCAUGGCUCUCCGGGGCAGCACUGCCUACACCCAGACGCCCCUCGGGGAGGAGGGUUUUGGGAACAGGGACGUUGUCCCCGGAACAGUCCAGGUGCUCAGCGAAGCAGGGCAUGACUUUUUAGGCUGAGGGGUCUGCAGAGCCGGACUUCACCUCCGAGCGACCCUUCACCUCCUUGCAGAACUUGUGGCUGAUGGCUGCUCCGCAGGACAGCCGCUCGGUGAGGGGGACGGGAGAGCCGCCCUCCUGCCCCGCGCGGUCUCGGGCUGCGGCAGCUACCGUGCAGGCACCUUCCCCGGCGCUGCUGUAGCGCGCCAGGCCCUCGCCCUGCACGCGGGGCCCGGGCUCCAGCUCGCUUCCGGCGUGGGGCGCUGCCGUUUGUCCAGGGGGCCGCGUCCUGCCUCCUCGGUGCACAGCGGGGCGGACCCCACCCCGCGAGCCGCGUCCCAGAUACAGCCUGUGGCUUGCAGGAUGCCCAAGUUUUCUGCUCCUGUGGCCUUGAAAAGUAGGCCAGCCCGAGGGGCCGAGGAGCUGAAAAUGGAACUGGGUAAUCGGGUGAGCAGGCCGGGAGCAGAGCCAGGCGCGGGUUUGGAGGCGGUGGGCAGUAGGCCUGGGGAGGAGGCCCGAGCCCUGGCCCCGGGCAGUGCAAACGCUGCGGGCUUCUCUUGCGGCCAGAGGCUCUUCCGCCGUCUGAGCCACAGAGCGGGGAGCGCUGCUGCGGUCGGGAUGGGGAAACCCCGCCGGCCCGCCUCGCGCCUCUUCCCUCUCGAGGAGAGGCGCUCACUAGCUGCUCGGGGUCGGGUGUCCGCUUGCAGGACUUUUGAAUUAGCAACGUUUUAGGAAAAGAAAACGCCUCAUUCCUCGGGCCUGGCCCAGCUCUGUAGGAAGCAAAUCUGUGCCUCUUUAAAUAGGCUUUACAUAGAGCUUAGGUCCCGGGGGAGAGAAAGAGCGUCAGAUGAGGAGGUUUGAUGUCCUCCUCUAUGAUGAUUUUGUUUCUCCUGCUCAUUUGGAAUUGUACUAUGUGGGACUCGUGCACCCGGUUUAGAAUUUCUUAAAAUGAAAAUGUGGUCCCAUUCACUACCCUGGAAAAAACUCUUCAAUGGUUCCCAUGGCCCACAGGAUAAAAUCCAGGUUCUUCUGCGCAGAACCAAAGCCCGUUACGUGCCGUUUUGGGCUGACACCUCCGCUGGACUGCGCUGCCCUCAGCCGCAGGACAGACGGAUCCCUGAACCACAGGCCCCGGGCCGGCUGCAGUUGCCAGUCCUUGCUUGAGGGCCCUGCUCCAGCCCUCCUCAGAGUUCCGGACUCGCUCAAGGGGCGCCUGGGAGUCCUUCCGAGUCUUCCUGCUUCCAGGACCUUGCUGCAAAGCCCUCCUGCCCGAGUAAGCUGUGCUUGUGGAGUUCCUCCUCGCCUUCCAUGCUGUGAGCUGGGGCGUGAGGCUCUGGCAGCGUGUGUAGUCAGGCUGAGAUCCUGAACUGCUAGGGUGUGUGUGUGUGUGUGUGUGUAACAAGGGCAUUUACUUUUAGGGGUGUGUGUGUGUGUGUGUGUAUACGCGCGCUACAAGGGCAUUUACCUUUAGCCUCAGGCUCUCACCUGGGCAUUCUUAGCUCUGGCUGAGUAGAUGAGGCUGUGCUUAGGAAGCUCUUGGCGUGUUCUGCCUCAAGGAAGAGUGCCUGAGAGUGGUCACUGACACCAGGCGCAGCUGUACCCGGUGCCCAGCUGGGACCUGGAAGUUCGAGGUCUCAGAGGGGUCGGUCAGUGGAUUUACCCAACUGAUACACAAAGGCCAUGUGCUUUGGGUGAGCUUAUUUUCUGUUGUGCAACCCUGAGCAUAAAGAUCUGAUUAAGCCCACCUCGUUCCUCUCUCCCCGUAAGUUCCCUUGUGCUGUGGCCCCAGGCCUUCAGGGUCUGUCUGUCCUGAACCUUGCAGGGCUGUCUUGUACCAGUCCCAGCUACCUGCCUAGUCGGGUGAGGAGCGCUGCACCAGAACUCUGAACUCCCCUGGUGGGACCUGGACCUUUUCUGAAGAUGUAGCCUGAUGUUUAUUUUGGUUCUUAAUUCUGGGCUUACUGUAGUCAAAGUGAAGGUAGAUUGUACCCAUGCUUUCUUGUUAGACUUAUACCUGUACUGUCCACUACAGCCUGAUGUGACUUUGGAGCAUUGAAAAGGUGCCUAGUCCGAGUUGAGGCGUUUUGUCUUGUAAAACACACACUGGAUUUCAGAGACCAAGUACUAAAAAGAAAAAUGGGAACCAGGCCUUGGGCCACCCAUCUGUAAGCCCAGCACUCUGGGAGGCUGAGGCAGAAUUGCAAGUUCAGUCCUAGCCUGAGCAACUUAGCAAGAUCCUGUCUCAGAAUAAAAAACAAAAAAAGGCUGGGGAUGUGGGUCCAAUCCCCAAUGUAGGGUUGGGGGCAUGGAAACAAUUUUAUAUGGAUUGUAUGUUGAAAUGAUAAUAUUUUGGAUAUAUUGCAUUAAAUAAAGUAUAUUAAAACUGA